AUGGCUCCGAUUGUGAGUACUCACGGUGAAAUAUGUUGUAUAGCUAACUAUAAGAUGUUUUAUUGUCUGUCGUUUAUUGUACUUAAUGUGCACGUAAUAAAUCCACAUUGGACUGUGUUUCCGUGAGACCAAAUAAGUAAAGGAGUACCAAUAAAUGGCUUUGUUUACCAGUUGGGCCUGCACCCAAUGAACCACGUUGUAGCAAUUUAGUUAAUGCGUUAGCGAGCUAGUCGGCAACUGUGUAGUUGUAAACGUGAACCAUUGGCAAGCCAGCUGGCAAUACACUAGAUAUAAGUUGUCGUGCUAAUUAAAAUCCGAUUAAUGGCACUUUUAAAAAAAUGUAUAUAAAACAAAUGUUGCCAAAAUGUUAUACUAAAGUCGAGUCUCGUUAGUUAACAAACGUCAAGCUAACGAGCUAGCUUAUCAUAUUUCCUGGGCCCGGUUUCCCAAAAGCAUCCUAAGGCUAAAGGCAAAACGGACGAGUGUGCUCGCAUACUGCCUUAAUUUAAGACCAUCGCUUGAAAAACGAGAAAGAAGCGGCAAUAGUACUUUUGUCCAUAUUGGACGCCGUAGUCAAAUACACUUCCUCAAAGUAGUUUGAAUUAAACGAAGGAUGCGGUCGUAUAGUCACUCUGGCUAUCUAAAGUUAUUCCGAUUUCAGAGCACUAUCGUUUGAGUGCCAGAGCGCAGAAUAACUGAUUAAUUAACGAAUGUGCAACACCCGUUGAAUAUGACCUGUGUCAGUAAAUGUCGAGAGAAAAUACGUGAUUUAAAUUGUUGCCAGCAGCACAGUUAGUCACCAAAGCUCUAGAUAACAUAAACAGCCUAACCAGCUCUACUAUGACAGGUAAAUGGUCAGUGAGGUGUUCUCUCAUUUGUGUCUUGAAGUAACUAGCCAACUUUAGCCAGCUAGCUUGGGUACUUGACUGCCAUUGUGAGGUCAGAACGCUCUGAUCAACCCUACUCCUUGGCAAGAGCGUCCAGUGUGCGCUCUCGAAACGCUCUGAAUUUACCAAUGACAAUUGGACAAUGCUCUGAAUUUACCAAUGCCGAGAGCGCACUCUGGUACUCCAGAGUGAAUUUGUGAGCACACCCUAAGAUGUUUGGUGCAGUAUUUUGGCUCCGAACUUAGGCUUGCCUCAAAUGUGGGGUAUGCACGACCACUUGAAAUAACACUUGCGGAACACCAAAAUGAACAAAAACGUUAAAUGUUGUCAUAAUAUAUCCAUGAACUGAUGAGAAGCAUGCGCGGACGCCUUUAAGUACAUCGCUAGAACCAUUGCGCUCAAUGGUUCUAACGACAUACUUAACAUUAAGAAGCUUUUGGGAAACCAAAAGCUAGCUAGUUUUAAACACAGAUUAUCCAUUAUAUUGACCAGAUACUCAAAUGGCUUAUAUAAAAAUGGAAAUAACUAUUUUCAAAAAUGGAAGGCAGUCAGGAGGCAAGAUCAGGUGGUACCAUUCUAGCCAAUGAGAGUGCAGGUACAUGUGUACAACAGGCACAACUCCUAUAUAGUGUUUUUUCCCCUCAAAGGUUCUGGGAUAUCACGUGGCCUAAUUAUAUCAGUACACUCCUAACAACUUACGCAUUAUGAAACUUCUAGUUGAUCAAAUAAGCCGCACAUAGCAAAUAAGACCCAUGUGGCUCAGUUGGUAGAGCAUGGCGCUUGCAACACCAGUGUGGUGGGUUUGAUUCCCACGGGACCAGUACGGGGAAAAAUUGAACCUGCUGGAGAAAGAUUUUGAGCCCAGUUAUCCCUCUCGCUUCGCUUCUUCCUGUUUUAAACAACCUAGCACCAAAGACAGUACAGUAUGAAGAUGGGCAGAAACUGCUUCUUCAAUAGAAAUCCCAGAUCACACUUGUAGGCGAGGUCAUGGCGAUGUUGGCUAGCUAAGCUCAUGCGCAGAAACAUGUCGUUGGGUCUGACGGUCGUCACGCACGCCAAAAUACGCAUGUGCAGGCCAUCAAAUCAAAGGCACUCCUUCGAUAUAACGUUUUUUUUGACGAAUGAAAAUGUCAGUUUGUCACUCACGAGGUUGGUGUAAUAACAUGUUCAACUACUUAAGACAUUGGCUGGUUGUGCCUUUUAGAUUUCGAGCAAAUUAACAAAGGAAUACGUUUUCACUUUUCUCAUUGACUUCUCAAACCCCAGCUUGGUCUGUUUCUCAAAUGUUCCCGGAAGUCUCGCAAUGCUGCGCCUCUGGGUUUAGAAACACUGUGCUAGCAUGUUAGAUACUUGAACGAAACCAUCUGGGGUGUGUUCAUAAUGCCGAUUCUGUUGCAAAACGUUUUGCACCAGAAAACAUUUACUCCAAACUGAGUUUCUAUUGGACAAAUUUGGGUAGGUCCCUCCCUGUUCCAUUUGGUUCUUAAACGGUAAACAGCUUCCGUUGCAAGGCGUAAUGAAUACACCCCUGGUGUCGUCUUUCAGUAUUUAUCAAGUAGUUUGGAAUAACGUUAGCCCCUCUGCAAUGUCUUGACAGAAGAAGCAGGUCGUCAAAAAGACCAAAACAGGUGGCAAGAAGAAGAAGCAGGUCCUGAAGUUCACCCUGGACUGCACUCACCCAGUGGAGGAUGGCAUCAUGGAUGCUGCCAACUUUGUAAGUAGCAGAUGUUAGAGAAAAUAACAUGCAAUAUCCUAGGGCUGGGAAUUGCCGCGAAGUUCACGAUAUGAUAUUAUCGCAAUACUUAAAUGCAGAUACCAUAUUAUUACGAUUCUAUAUGUAUUGCUAUUCUAUACUAUUAUUGCGAGGGAUGUUCCAAACAUAUUGCUCACUAUAUAUCAUGAGAAAAUGAGUUUUGAUCAUUCAUGGAAAUAAUUGCUGAAAACAUGUUGGCUCCCUAUUUUAAAAAGAUGGAGAACAAUACUGGAGUUUUGGAACAGGCACAGCUGAUGUUUAAUGAGCAUUAAUUAUUCAACAGCAGUCAAGGUUGUUCUGGCUCUGAGGCCUAUAAUGCGCUAAUGUUAUGUUAAGUGGACCAUACAGAAUAUUUUCUUAAUUUAUAGACUAAUCAACGCUGAUUUUACGGGGGUGUGCGUGUGAGUUCGCUGAUUCUCUCUAUUGGCCUAUAUGUCCAUUCAGAAAGUUUCCUAAAGUAGCCUGUCAGAACUCCAGGUCUUUAAUAAGAAUCAAUCACUCCUGUCAUGAUUUAAUCUUGUAAAAGGCCUAUUUUCAGUAGCUUAGGCUACAUUAUUUCUCUCAUUACGGCGUCUUCUCUUUGAAGAACCAACCCCGAACGGUUAUGUCUGUGACUGUGUUCAUUGGCCUGGCCAAUUAUCGUAACCUCAAAUUCCAAGACUGGCACAGCCCUAAUUGUAAUGUUAUUUUUGGUGUUGAUGAGAUACUCUGCAGAAAGUAAUUAGCCUAGGCACAGAAGAGACUGAGUGAGCUUCCUGCUAGCCAGCUGCACAGAAAGAUGGAUGGGACACAUUUCCAAUUCACUGGUAUUUAGCUAUGUUUUUAUCGAUUGUAGGGCUGUAGCCAACUGAAAUCUGGUCGUCUUUACUUGAAAGAAUAAAACCCUUAAAAUCAAAAUGUGCCACUAGCACAAUACAGCUAAUGCUGCACAGCACUGCAUCUCGCCCGGCUUGUAGCCUCAGCGAACGGUGUGGGGCACUACCACACAGCUAGCAAGCUAGCACUCGUCGUGGAAAUGGGGGUUGUGAAACAUGAAUUUGGACCAAUCCCCGACAACCCAUACAUCAUUUUUGUCUCUGAAAACAUUUGAAUGACAGUAGUGAUUAAAAACAUAUUACUUUAUAUUUCCGUCAAAAGGUGUCAGAUGACUGAAACACCUUCAGGACUUUCCCAUACUUCUUGGAAAGACAAUGUUACAUUGAUAUUACUGUGAUAUGUUGAGGAAUACUCAUUGCAAAGAGCAAAUAUGAAAACAGAUUUAGCAGGUUUCACAAAAAGGGCUGUCCCACAGAUCUGAACGUUCUUAGCACGGCACUUGCUUUACAUUUAGGCUCAUAUUGUGUAAAUGUAAUGCACAGUAUUGGGAUUAUUAGACAUGGGUAACAACUGCCACAUUAAUGUUUUCAAAUGAUUUAUGUAUUUUGACGACCACAUUAUUGACAUUUAUUGAAAACAGAUUUGUUUACUGUUAUUUGGGGUAGAAUUCUCGCAUAGCGGCCAUUGUUUGUCGCGUCAACCUAACACCCUAAUAAUAUUGGCCAAAAUACUAUUGCGAUAUUUAACUAUCGAUUGUUUUAUUCGUAAUUAUUUUUUUAUUACUUCAAUAUCCUAUUAAAUAUGUCCUACUUUAUAGAGAAGGGCCAUAUUACCUAUUUCAAUGUACAGUUGAAGUCGGAAGUUUACAUACACCUUAGCCAAAUACAUUUAAAACUUAGUUUUUCACAAUUCCUGACAUUUAAUCCUAGUACAAAUUCCCUGUCUUAGGUCCGUUAGGAUCACCACUUUAUUUUCAGAAUGUGAAAUGUCAGAAUAAUAGAGAGAAUGAUUUAUUUCAGCUUUUAUUUAUUUCAUCACAUUCCCAGUGGGUCAGAAGUUUACAUACGCUCAAUUAGUAUUUGGUAGCAUUGCCUUUAAAUUGUUUAACUUGGGUCAAACGUUUCGGGUAGCAUUCCACAAGCUUCCCACAAUAAGUUGGGUGAAUUUUGGCCCAUUCCUCCUGACAGAGCUGGUGUAACUGAGUCAGGUUUGUAGGCCUCCUUGCUCGCACACGCUUUUUCAGUUCUGCCCACAAAUGUUCUAUAGGAUUGAGGUCAGGUCUUUGUGAUGGCCACUCCAAUACCUUGACUUUGUUGUCCUUAAGCCAUUUUGCCACAACUUUGGAAGUAUGCUUGGGGUCAUUGUCCAUUUGGAAGACCCAUUUGCGACCAAGCUUUAACUUCCUGACUGAUGUCUUGAGAUGUUGCUUCAAUAUAUCCACAUCAUUUUCCUUCCUCAUGAUGCCAUCUAUUUUGUGAAGUGAACCAGUCCCUCCUGCAGCAAAGCACCCCCACAGCAUGAUGCUGCCACCCCCGUGCUUCACGGUUGGGAUGGUGUUCUUCGGCUUGCAAGCCGCCCCCUUUUUCCUCCAAACAUAAUGAUCAUUAUGGCCAAACAGUUCUAUUUUUGUUUCAUCAGACCAGAGGACAUUUCUCCAAAAAGUACGAUCUUUGGCCCCAUGUGCAGUUGCAAACCGUAGUCUGGUUUUUUUAUUGGGGUUUUGGAGCAGUGGCUUCUUCCUUGCUGAGCGGCCUUUCAGGUUAUGUCGAUUUAGGACUCGUUUUACUGUGGAUAUAAAUACUUUUGUACCUGUUUCCUCCAGCAUCUUCACAAGGUCCUUUGCUGUUGUUCUGGGAUUGAUUUGCACUUUUCGCACCAAAGUGCGUUCAUCUCUAGGAGACAGAACGCGUCUCCUUCCUGAGCGGUAUGACAGCUGCGUGGUCCCAUGUUGUUUAUACUUGCGUACUAUUGUUUGUACAGAUGAAGAUGGUACAUUCAGUCGUUUGGAAAUUGCUCCCAAGAAUGAACCAGACUUGUGGAGGUCUACAAUUUUUUUUCUGAUGUCUUGGCUGAUUUAUUUUCAUUUCCCCAUGAUGUCAAGCAAAGAGGCACUGAGUUUGAAGGUAGGCCUUGAAAUACAUCCACAUGUACACCUCCAAUUGACUCAAAUAAUGUCAAUUAGCCUAUUUGAAGCUUCGAAAGCCAUUACAUCAUUUUCUGGAGUUUUCCAAGCUGUUUAAAGGCACAGUCAACUUAGUGUAUGUAAACUUCUGACCCACUGGAAUUGUGAUACAGUGAAUUAUAAGUUAAAUAAUCUGUCUGUAAACAAUUAUUGGAAAAAUUACUUGUGUCAUGCACAAAGUAGAUGUCCUAACCGAAUGUGUGGAGUGAUUGAAAAACAAGUUUUAAUGACUCCAACCUAAGUGUAUGUAAACUUCCGACUUCAACUGUACACAUUGCAUGGUACAUGAUUCAUAACCCAGAUGUCCUGGUUUAUCCACAUUAUGCUGAUACUGGGCUGUCUUCAAUGUAGUAACGUUACAACUGUAAUGGGUAGUGUGGUUCAGACUAGGGGUAUGAUAUUUAGCAGUUGGUGUGUCGCAUUGUAGACGAUUAGGAUUCAGAUUGGUGCUGAGCGAUUUAGUGCUUUUUGAAGUUGGUUUCAGUUCGGUUAUUAAUGGGAGGUCUACAAUUUUUUUUCUGAUGUCUUGGCUGAUUUAUUUUCAAUUAUUUAUUCACUUUAAUUAAAUUAUAUUAUUACUUUAUUUAAUUCCAAGUUAUCUCAUCUCUAUAGUGCUCCUGCCUAUGCUGUCUGACAAAAUCACUAUUUUAGUAAUUAAUUAAUAUGCCAUUUAGCAGAUGCUUUUAUCCAAAGCGACUUAGUCAUGCGUGCAUUAGUAGUUCUAUAUAGUAAAUAAGGCAUACUUUUAUGAGUGCUGAAUACCAACUAUCAAUCACUUAGAUCAUUUACAUUUUAGUCAUUUAGCAGACGUGACUUACAGUUAGUGAGUGCAUACAUUUUCAUACUGGCCCCCCAUGGGAAACGAACCCAUGCUCUACCAACUGAGCUACAGGGGACUACAUGUAUGUUCACGCUCGCGAAGUAACUGCUUUCUAUCCCUCUCGAUCUGUGUUCACUCUUCGCUGUCUGCUUCGCACAGACCAGACAAGUUUAAGCGGGCACACAAUGGAUUAUGGUUAUUGUAGUUAAUUACCACGUUUUCUACACUAAACUAUGUAGAAUAUUUGCCUACUACAGUUGCACUGUUCAGGCUUCAUCUGAUUUAUCUCUACAGAAACUGCGCAUCGAGCUCACAGAAAAAAAACUAACAAAGUGGAAUUCAAAUAAUUGAACCGACGUCAGUCAAUUAGUUGUUUAAAGACAGAAAAAUAACACAUUUCGGUUAAUCGCUCAACCCUAAUUCAGAAAAAAGGGAAUUAGUAAAUGAAGUCGUAUCCUGAAAGUUGCAAUGACACUUGUCUUUUCUUACUAGCAUUGAUUUUGCUGAUAGCUGCUUUGAGGAACUUUUAGAUACUAUGACUGAUAUGUGGUUGUCGUACCUAACUACCUUAAGUUAAAGGCAUUAACUGUAAAUUCCUUUUUAUUAGAGCGUCUACUAAAUGUUUAACAUGUACAUUUAUAUUGACGGAAUAUUUGCAGCAGGAUGUAGCAUUCAUUACAGCUUUGGUCUUGUUGGUUAGGAGCAAUUCCUGCAGGAGCGCAUCAAGGUCAACGGUAAAGCUGGGAACCUGGGUGGUGGUGUGGUGUCCAUUGAGAGGAGCAAGAGCAAAAUCGCUGUGAAUUCUGAGGUGCCCUUCUCCAAAAGGUAUGUUUGAAUCAAAUCUUGAUUUAGCUUAUGAAUUGCCCAGCUUGCAAUGUGAUGUGCCGAGCAACAUAAUUUGCCAUUUUGUGUUGUCUGAUGGUGGGACUUGGUUUGUCUCCACAGUUAUGCAUGUAAGGGGUAUUGCAUUUUCACCUGUUCAAUUAGGAAGGUGGAUCUGUCUUUUGCUCUAAGUUGUGUGAUGUGUUUGCCAUGUUGCUUCUUGUUAAGCCUCUUGGCACUGUUUUGUAAUCGAUGUUAGGCCUUUAUUGUUUUAGUUGUUUUGCCUGAUGGACAGUCUGGGGCAAAUCCAUGUAUCAUUCAUUAUUUGAAGCACUCUUAAAGUGAAGUGUUUGAAAUAAGGUCUGAGGCUCAUAAAAUACUAUUAUUAGGGGGACUGAGAUGUACAUGAAUAGAAAAAGUUAAGAGACAUGGAUAGAACGCAUGUUAUUUUUGGACUUCAGUCAGCUUUAUUGAUGCUGUGAUCUGAUCAAUGUCUCCAGCAGUGAACAUGAUUUUCAUCUGUCGUUUAAAAAAAAAUGUUGUCACCAUGUAUCCUCAGACAUUCAUUGAUUCUUAAGUACCUUCUGAAGCUAUAUUUAGGCCUAUAUGGCAGGAAAUUAUAGAACACUAGCAACCCCCCCCCCCCCCCCCACCUGGUAAAUAAUUUGACAUUUAUACUAAUAAUAAUGGAUUUAUUUUAUAUCGUGCUUUUCAUUACAAGAACAAUCUCAAAGUUGCUUUAAAAACAAAUUUGGGGAUCUGGCAGUACUUGGGCAAUGGUCUUCCACAUCCUCAGAUGAUAGGCAGUUCGGAAAGGUAUCUUGAGCGGAGGGAGCAUUGAUGGUACAGCCAGGCAGGGUGGUAGAAACAUCUGACAGGCCCCGGAGCUCUUCAUUGGGCACCUGGUCGUCGCCUACGUUCACAGCUCCUCCUCCUUUGGUAGGGUCAAUCGUCCACAACUGAAGUGUAGCACCCACCUGGGUGAUGCUUAGGCGACUCUAAAAGCGCCAGUAAGACCACCACACCUCAGUAAUAAUCUGAAACAGUCCCCAUAUGAGGCAAACCUCUGUAUCCUCUCACCGCAGUCCACGUUCCAAAUGCUUUUGGUGUCUGAAUAUGCUGCUAAUAUUCUCAACAACAAAUCAUGGCACUUGUUUUGAAUCAAAUUUCCCCCUCCAGUGUGGGUUGACUUAUGUUUCAGAUCCUAUAUUUUAGGCCUAGCGGUUAUUUGAGUCAUUAUUAUCCUUACUUUUUUGCAGAUUUCCUUUUUUUAUGUAUUCUUUCUAAUAACGAUAAGUAGAAACUGGAGGGAAAAAAGACAGAAGAUCACAUACACAAAACCACAGAUCCUUUAAAAUGACUAGUUCUAAUAUCUAAUUCUAUUGUUUCAUCAUUGAGGUUUUACCAAAAGCAUUGUGAUGCGUCCAAAAUAAACAAAUGCAUUACACAGUGGAAUAUAAAGUGGCCAGUGGCAUGUCCCCGGAUGUCAUGCUUCUUUUGAGCCUAAAAAGAAGAAAAUAAGCACAAUUGUAGGAGCAGAUCCCGCUGUAGGGAUCUUAUAAUAAAGAUGGUUGCAGUACAGGCAGGGAAGCAAACCGGGCUCUUUAAAACAAGCCUUUUUACAUCAGUACCCUCUACAUCUGGGAUGGGCAACUUUAAUGGGGGUGGGGGCCACAAAAUCUGAACAUCAUCAUCAUGAGGGGCUGCAGUGGCUCAUGGGUCUGCGUACCCACCCAUGCAGUCAGAGCUGGCCCUAGCCUUUUGGGGGCCCAAGUGAAAUUUUGUUGUGGCCCAGCACGUUUUAGAGUUAAUUUCCUGCAAUUCCAAAAAUGUUGCCAUGGGGUGUAGAGAACAUUUGGCAGUUUUAAAGCAAGUUUGCUGCAAUUCUACACAUUUUGCCAUGGGAUGGAGAGAAAUGUUUGCAGUUUUUAAUAUGAUAUGAGUGCGAGUGACUAACAAAUGCAAUGGGUGCCCCCCGGUCGGUAAUUCGACCAUGAUUGCUACGAGUUUAGAUAGCUGACUAGACUACUUUACCAAUCUAAAAAAUGUUAGCUGACAUGGGCUAAUUGAGUGACUGUCAGUGAGUACAUUUACAUACACACAAAUAAUUCAAAAUUAAGCUGGUUAUGGCAAUAGUCAUGUAAACACCUUACUCAUAAUCAAAGUAAGCAUACGCCGGUGAAAAAACACCUGGUUUUCUGAGCAAUCUUUCAAAUUAUUAGGACAUGUGAACGCCUUAAUCAGUUAUAGCGGUGUAUUUGAACUGCGCAUGUGCUAGCAUGAGCAGCGCAAGCUUCUUUCUUUUGCGGGAGUGAAGUGAGUUCGGAACAACUGAAAGUAUGCAUCAUAUAAAUAGUUUUCAUAUAGAAACUUAUGUCCAAACUCAGAAUCAAAUAUGCUUCACAAAAAUAAGAUGGUCGCUGUGGUAGAACCUUUUUAUUUUGAUUGGCAAUUUUCUGCAUUUAUCAAAGUCCCAUCAGGUAGCCCAAUUUCAGAUGUGUCCAUGUAAACAUGAUUAUUAGGGAAAUCGUUCAUCUUGCAAAGCAAGGUUUAAAUCGGAACUAUUAUAUUAAUGUAUUCACAAUCGUAUUAUUGUGUGCAUAUAACCAAACUCAGUGACUGACAUAACAGGAGAAACCGCUAAUGUACAACAACAUUUCAAAAUUGCAGCUUAUGUAUUCUACUAUUCUAACUCAACAGUAAAUUGACUGAGUUUCUAAAUAUAUAUUUCGUUUUUGGAAAUUGAUCCACGGGCCGCCAGUUGCCCAUCCCUGCUCUACAUACAUCCCUGUAUGUAUAGUGUCUCUGAUAUGGAUAGGUUCAGUACUUUGGACUAACAGAUUGUUUGUUGGUCAGCUCGGGCCCAGAUUAUUUACAGUUGUGAGACGUGAAUGCCUUUUGUGGCUAGCAUUAAUGCAAGGUGACUUGUACAUCUUGAUUUAAUGGGGGUCAGGGUUCAAAUUAUACGUUGACUCUUGGCUAGCCCCGAAGUGUUUUUGGGGUGCCCGACGUCCAUCUUUGACAAUUGUCGGGGGGGCUCACAUUGAUAUUUCAAUUGUGAAGAGAGAGCCAUGAUUUGUUAUGGGGGUGCCAAGCCCUGCUGUAUGUGAACCCUGAUGGGGGUGCAAAUUGUUUAGGAAAUUGUAGAUAGAAAAGUUAAACAUGGAGUUGAUUCAAUGUUCUGCAAGUCAUUUUGUCUGUUUAUCUAAUUGAACAUUCUGUAAUGUUGCACCCUCCUGAAUAAACCCCAGGCCUCGCAUGAUAAGUUCUCAAAAUGUAAAUCGAACAAAUUUACAGUACACCUUUGUCACAAUGUAAUCUUCAAUGGGGUUUACGUUGCUGACACUGCUGGUCUUUCCUCUCCUUUCUGACAGGUAUUUGAAAUAUCUGACCAAGAAGUACCUGAAGAAGAACAACCUGAGGGACUGGCUGCGUGUGGUGGCCAACACCAAGGAGAGUUACGAACUGCGCUACUUCCAGAUCAACCAGGAU